UUCAAAUAUGGCGACGUGUCCUUUGCCCUUUUCUUCCCCAGGCUUCCGGCACGGAAAUCUUAGUUCCUCCAGUCACUCUCAGUUCCCCGUUCCCCAAACAAUGUAACCCGGCAGGGGCCGGGAUGCUGUUACUGAGCUACGACCUUCCUCAGGACAUGGAUAGCCAGGCCCUGGUCAUCCGGAUCCGCAUUCCCGACGGCGGCGCCGUGGACUGGACCGUGCAGCCGGCCACACAGUUAUUGUUUCGAGACAUCCUGGAUGUGAUUGGCCAGGUCCUCCCUGAUGCAACAACUACAGCGUUUGAAUAUGAAGAUGAGGAUGGAGACCGGAUCACAGUGAGGAGCGAUGAGGAGAUGAAGGCUAUGCUGUCUUAUUACUGCAGCAUGGUCCUGGAGCAGCAAGGGAGCAGUCCACUGGUGGAGCCUCUUCAGAUCUACCCUCGUGCCUGCAAGCCUCCCGGGAAGCGGAACAUACAUGGCCUCAAGGUGAAUACCAGAGGCGGAACAUCUAAUAACUGCAACAGCUCCAUAUCAGACAGUAUGUCCAGCAAUAGCUUAAAAAAAACCUCUGCAGAGCUGAAAAAGAUUUUAGCCAAUGGACAGAUUAAUGAACUUGACAUUCAGAAUCGUGACAUUCUAGGUCAUGGAAAUGGUGGAACUGUAUAUAAAGCAUAUCAUGUUUCCAGUGCGAAGAUCCUGGCUGUAAAGGUCAUCCCGUUAGACAUUACUGUGGAGCUGCAGAGACAGAUUAUGUCAGAGCUGGAGAUUCUGUACAAGUGUGAUUCUCAGUACAUAAUCGGGUUUUACGGAGCAUUUUUUGCAGAGAAUCGGAUUUCUAUCUGUACAGAGUUUAUGGAUGGGGGAUCAUUGGAUGUGUAUAGGAAGAUUCCAGAGCAGGUAUUGGGAAGGAUUUCAGUUGCUGUACUGAAAGGACUUACUUACCUCUGGAGUUUAAAGAUUUUACACAGAGAUGUUAAACCUUCUAAUAUGCUGGUGAAUACCCGCGGACAAGUGAAACUGUGUGACUUCGGUGUUAGCAUACAACUAGUGAAUUCAAUUGCCAAAACCUACGUGGGUACAAAUGCUUAUAUGGCGCCUGAGAGAAUUGCAGGAGAGCAGUAUGGAAUUCAUUCCGAUGUUUGGAGCCUGGGAAUCUCAUUCAUGGAGUUAGCACUUGGAAGAUUCCCAUAUCCACAGAGUCUUCCUCAUCUGCUUUGCAGGAUCGAGGCAGAGGGCAUUUCGGUGAUCCUUAUGGCUCCUAAUUGGCCCAGAAGAGUGCCGUUCCAGAUAUUGCAAUGCAUUGUUGAUGAGGAUUCUCCCGUUCUUCCUGUUGGUGAAUUCUCCGAGUCCUUUGUACAUUUCAUCACUCAAUGCAUGAGAAAACAGCCAAAGGAGAGGCCAGCGCCAGAAGAACUAAUGGGCCAUCCAUUUAUUGUGCAGUUCGAUGACGGAAACACAGAGGUGGUGUCCAUGUGGGUGUGUAGGGCAUUGGAGGAGCGUCGGGCACAGAACAGCCAAGAGUGAGAAUGAAUUGAUCAUAUGAACUAAUUGGUUCAAUAGAACCUCUGUCCUAUCCACAAUGCACUUUGUUUACAUGUUCAGUGCCAGGAGAACUGACCAUGCCAUAUGGGCAUAUGCUUGGUAGUAACAUAUACCAGCUUCAUACGGCAUCUCUGAGGAAGAAUGUUAAGGACUUUGGGAACAUUGAAAAUGUGUCUGACUGUUACGCCAUGUCUCUUGCAAGAACAUCUUAAUAGUUUAUGAAUUAGAGAGGGCUUAAGAAGGGGAUUCUCUCUC